AUGGUUUUCCGCCUGCCCACACAUCUUGAAUCCUUCGUCCCACCACAAUAUGAGCACCGACCCCAUACGGGACCGUGGCGGGGUGCCAUCGUCGUGACAGGAAUGCGAAAUUCAGACAGAGGCAGUAGCCAAGAGAUACGCGUUACAGCUGUAGAAACCGAUGGAGAGAAGUACUUGUCUUUUGUCGAUUGUCCUGCGUGCUGGGUUCAGCAAUGGCCACGCCAAUUUUUCGUCCACGUUAUGAACGACCGAUCUAUACUACGAGAUGUGCAGGCUUGGGUCAAACAGUUUACCCCCCCGCUUUGCACCUUUCUGCCUGACCGUCUUCGAGAGACCAACACACAUGCUGUCAACCAGGCCAACUUCCGCUCAUUGUCUCGCAUCUUGUUUGAAAAUCAAACGGUAGCCAUCGCUCCUUGGGGAACCGACGCCUUUCCUGGAGCGGGAUUGAUCAUCUAUCCCGCCCAACAUUCAAGUGCUUUGCUUGUUGGGGCACUCUUCUUGUAUUCCGCCUUCCCCGAUUUUGUUGUUGGCGGGAUUCCGUCUCCGACGAUACCCACAUCUCUCCACGCUAUGCAAGCUCGACACCCCCAAUACAUGACCGCGUCCUCGUCUUACUCGAUUUCCCCUCAUCAUCGUCAUGGGCAUUCCGCGUCUCCCCGUUCAAACCCUAACAGUCCAUUAGAGAGCCAUAUGGGUCACAGACAGGAACCUUACCGGUACAUCGUGCCUCGCACAAUGACGUCUUCUUAUCCCAAUCCGGGACCAGCUUCAUCUUCGUCUGCGGCUUCUGGUUGGUCCAUGAUUAAAGCGGAAGAGGAUGUCAACUACGCCACCUUUUCGCAAAGCCAUUAA